AUGGUAGACCUGGAGAUGCCUGGGAGGUGCAGUAUAUUUGGCUGGAACGAGAGUCUAGGACCCAUGGCAGCCGCCAUGCUCAACAGCACCUUUAUUCAAGGGUUCGAGUUGGACGACUACCAUUGCGUCGCGCCAAUCCACACCAGCGCGGUAGUUCUCCCGUCACUCUUUGCUGCCGCCCAGCAGGAGGCACAAAAGUCACCGGAAUUUCCACGUCCGGUUGAUGGCGCUUCCUUCCUUCUCGCGGCCAUCGUUGGAUAUGAAAUCGGCCCACGCGUAGGCCUGGGGCUUAGGGGAGCUGAGAUGCUCGCAAUGGGGUGGCACUCGGGUGCUAUAUUUGGACCACCAGCCGCUGCCGCCGCGGUAAGCAAGUUGUUCGGACUCCCUGCCGCUAUUAUAGAGGAUGCAGUUGGACUAGCUUGCACGCAAGCCUGCGGAAUUUCAUGCGCCAAGUACGAAAGUAUGGUCAAGCGAAUGCAGCACGGUUUUGCGGCCCGUGGGGGGUUAUCAGCCGCAUACAUGGCGCGGGCGGGCUUUGUUGGAAUCAAGCAAGUCCUCGAGCGCAAGGAUGGAUAUCUGAGCACCUUCUCCCAGGGAUCGAAGCGUACUCCACGUUAUCUCCCGGACGCGAUCUGCGACCAACUUGGUCAGCGGUGGGAAAUUUGGAAUAUUCAGGUGAAGCCAUAUGCUUCCUGUGCCGGCACUCACAAUACUAUCGACUGUGUAAGGGCACUUCAAGAACAAUACCCAGAACAACUCAAAGAUCUGAGCAAGAUCCGGCACAUCACUGCAGAAAUGGCAAUCCAAGCCUUCAAACACGUUGGAUGGAAGCCUGAACGCCCAUUAAACGCAAUCGGUGCACAAAUGUGCAGUGCCUAUGUUGCUGCUCUACAGCUUGUAGACGGCGAGGUUCUACCUUCCCAGUUCAGCUCCGAGAAGCUAGAUCAGGAUAAGGUUUGGGAUUUGGUUGAGAAGAUCGAAUGUCGAGCGAUACAAGAGUUCGAUUUCAGCUAUGCUCAGAGACUUACAAUAGAGUUUGACGACAACUCUAAAAUUGCAGUGACACUGAAAGCUCCGCGGGGAGUGGAUCCGCCCUUGUCUAAUGAAGAUGUUUUGCAGAAAUGGCGCACAACGACAAGAGGCGUUAUUGAUGCCGACCGCCAGCAAAAGAUCGAGGAUCUUAUCCUGAAUAUUGAAAAUGUCAACGAUAUUACGGUGGCGCUCAAACACCUGUUUGAGGCAGAGACAGUUAACGUUGUUACGUAA